UACCGCGACGGCGGUGGGCGCUCAGAGAAAGCGGGCUGGAGGGCGGGAGCAGGAGGUUGAGGGACUGAGCGUGACGCGGGCGGUGGCUCGUGGGGGAACGUUGUUGGCGGCUGUAGGGGCUUCCUCUUCCCUGCUCUUUUGCAUCUCCUUUCCCCCAGUGUCCUCCCAGUCGACUGAAGGGGCGCAAUGUCCGCGGAGAUCCCCGAGGCGGCCUCGGCUGAGGAGCAAAAGGAAAUGGAAGACAAAGUAACUAGUCCAGAGAAGGCAGAAGAAGCAAAAUUAAAAGCAAGGUAUCCUCAUCUGGGACAAAAGCCUGGAGGUUCAGAUUUCUUGAGGAAGCGACUACAGAAAGGACAAAAGUAUUUCGACUCUGGGGAUUACAACAUGGCUAAAGCAAAAAUGAAGAACAAGCAGCUUCCUACUGCAGCAGCUCCUGACAAAACAGAGGUCACUGGUGACCACAUUCCUACUCCGCAGGAUCUUCCACAGCGGAAACCAUCCCUUGUUGCUAGCAAACUGGCUGGCUGAUUAAAAGAGCUGAACUGCAUGAAUCUCCUCAUUCCUGUUAUUUCUCUCAAACAUGUUAUUUCUCAGCUUUUUUUCCCUUCCAUACACUAAGUCAUUGAGACUGACAGCUUUGCAGGUAGCGGUAGUGUGUGCUGCUAUUGUUAAGGGAGUAAACUUUUAAGAAUAAACUGUAGUACUUUGGACUAGUUGAACAAUGCACUGAUGAAAAAAGGACACAUGUUAGAGCAAUGUAAAGUAAUCUACUUGAAAAUAAAUGUAUAUAUUGCCUAUUCCUUAGUGUAGGACUGGUUCCAGCAAAUAACAAGCAAGUUUUACAGUUCACUGUUUUGGCUUUCCUUAUUCCUCUUAAUUACAGCUUUAUAUGUUUGUGUUAUUUAAUAUAAUCUAUUGUGUUGCUUUUUUCUGUAUUUUUCUGUUUGGUUUUGUAAAACAGGGGUUUAAGACCACAGGUUGUUAGAUCAUGUAUUUAAAAUGAAACACACACACACACAAGGUGGGAUUCUAUAUGAUUUCUAUCUUUGCUCUUAAACUUGAAUGGCCUUAAACCUGUUUCAGCUUUAACAAUAGAAUUUUACUUGGGCAAUAUUUGCCUAUCCUGAUGUAACCUUUUGUGAAUUUAGUGCUUAUUAACAGCUGCCCAUUGAAGCUGGGUUUUGUUUGUUUUGGGGUUUUUGGUUUUUUUUUUCAAGUUCUUAGUGUUAGAAUACCUUUUCUUUUGAAGAUGUGAAUGAAGUGUGCAUGUGCAUAGACUGUUGAAUUCACUUUUGUGCCAUUUUUGUAAAUAUAAUAGUUUUGCACAACCUCUCGCAAAUGUCUGUAUUAAUUUCACACUUUUAAACUGUUAACAGAUCAUGUGCCAACCAGAAGCACAAGAGUUCCCACCUCAAACUCUACAGUUAGAACUUUUGUAUAGGUAAGAGUAGUUUACAGUCUUGAAUUUAGAAAAUACCAAACUGAAUACUUUACUCAUUUCGGUAUAGACUUAUGUGUUUUCAUCUGUUACUAAUGCCCAUGACAUGCAGUGGCCUUGUGUGCAUAUACAAUAUGUUGCUUAGGCAUAACUUUUGUCCUAUGCAGAACAUUUCAUUGUAACUUACGAAAUUACAAGUCAUGUAAUUUUGUAAGAUUUUUAAAAAUGGAGAAUAUUUUUACUUUCACACUCAACUUUCUGAAAGCUCUAGAAUAAAAAGCCUUCAGGGCUUAACCCCAUUUCUUGCUAUUAAUUUGACAUGUUUUAAGAGCAGGAGUUGAGGCCAUUUUGUGCAUUUGGAAGUAGAAGCAUAUGCUUAAUUUAUAAUUGUUCUGCUGAAUUCUGUACUUAAGACACACUAGGAUGAUAUUUUCUUAUUGUUUAGUAGCUAUUAAAUCCUGAUCCUGUGUAAUUAAUAUUUGACAAUUCUAAAUGUACAAAUAAAAGGGAAUUUUGAACAAGUAAAUACUUGAAGACCGACAUCCCAAAGAUAUAAGUCAAUAUGUAUGGACCUGUAACAUUUUAGUAAAUAUUUUUAGUGUUAAAUUAGAAAGAGGAAACUAAAUGAGUUGACCCUUGCUCCAGUUAGACCAUCUCAUUUAAAGAGGGAUGAAUGUAUCCCAGUUAAACAUUUAAGCCUUAGAUAUUCGGCUUUUAUAAAUACCAUCUUUUUUUUUUUAAGAUUUGAAGUGAUUUCCAUUUAAUUUUUUUCCCCUGUAGCACUGUUUCUUUAUCUCAUUCAUAAACAAGAACAAGUUGAGGCAGGCAGUCUUACCAAGAAGUUAAAAAUCUUUGUUGUGACUAAUUUGCCGAUUCUAGUUUUGUACACUUCCCCCAAUUUUAUGCAAUUAUACAUUAUGACAAUAUUAGCCCGAAAUAUGCCAGUAGUAAUGUUUUUCUGUCUAUAAAUUCCCUUUUGGUGUGUGUGUGGGGAAUGGAGAAAGAAGGGUCAGAGGAGGAAAGGGAUCCAGGCUAAUUUUAGGCCCUGAACACAUGGUAAUUGCCAUUAUUGCAUUCCUGUAAACAAAAAUAUUAGGUGCCCAUAAGUAGAUUUAAUCAUCUCUAUUGGCAUUAACAAAAACUUUUAGCAAGUUACCAUUUUAAGAAAAGUUAUACAGUUACCUUUCUGCCCUCAAAAACAGAAAAACAAAAUGAAAAUGAUAUUAAGUAAAAAAACAAACCAUAGAUGUGUUUGGAAAAGGAUACCAGAUUUGUUCAAGUAAAAUCUUCACCUGUAAAUUAGUUGUUGUAAGAAUCACUUCAACAUUACAAAAACAACCCAAAAUGGAAUUUUAUGGAUUUUUGUCAAUUCUCGUUUAAUAUGUUCAUGAAAGACUUAAGUACUACAGCAAUGAAAUCCCCAUUCAUCUGAGGGGAGUGAUCUAAUAAGCACUGCACUGAAAGAUUAAGAACACAGUGCUAAUCCUGACCAUGAAAGAAGAAUGUUGCUGUUAGCCUCUGGCAGGUGACUCAAGUGCUGCCUGUUUCAGUUUUUUAACACAGGAUGCUAAUACUUAAUCUACCUCAAAACAUGUUGAGGAUCUGUGAAAUGCUAUUUUAAGUGCCCAAUUUAAAAUAAUUGUGGUUGUCUUUAAUAAAGAUAAAAUUUUCCUCAUAAAGCCAACCUGCCUUCUACAGAGUCAUAGUGCUUCAGAUCUCAGGAUUUUCCUAAGGAAAGACCUGUUAAUGAUUUAAUGUUCAUUGUAUAUCUCCAUUAGUGGUGCUCUCAGAGCUGGUUGCUGUACCCCAAACCUCCCUGUUCAUUUAUAAAAAGUGAGGUUUUACUAAAUGGUGUGUUAGUUUUGAGUUUAUGGAUUUGAAAAUGUUUGCGUUUUAGAAAGUGUGGAUAAUAGGAAAACUGGCAGAAUAUUGAAGGAAAUUUUCCAAUAACUAAAUUUGGUGAGCCAAUCAUAAAAAAAAUUAGCAUUUAGUUGAAAACAUAACUAGCCAUUAAAAAAAAAUUUUAAAUUCAGUGUUGCCCAGGAUGCUUAGUUGUUUUGAGGUAAAUAAGCAUAGUAUAACUUGUUAGAAUGGAAUUCUUGAUGUAGAAAUUUACCUUAAUACUCAAUGUUCUAAGCCAGUUAGUAUAAAAUAGCAUUGUAAAAAGCAUGUUCAUUUCAUUCUUUGGUGCUGCUGAUUUUUAAAUGAGUUAUCUUUUUAUUAAAGCAGACUCAAAAGGGCUUCUACUUGGGCCUCCUUUUUUAACAAUUGGAGUUGACAUUAUAUGUGCUUAAAGUAAUAAAGCUACUGAGUAUUAUGAUGGUGACUUUUCACUAAAUUAAAAAUUAAUAUUAUUUGAUUUAGUUUAAAUUACAGGUUUUUCUGUAGCUAACUCAGGUAUUAUCUAAUUUAAGGGUAAGUAGCCUGUAGUAAGGGCACUGCUGAGUUUAGCAUUCUUAUAUUCCAUAACAUAUUCAUAUAUUUUAUUUUCCCCCUCUUUAAUUUUUUCCCUUUUGUCCCUCGCCCUCUUUUUCUUUGCUUUGUAUACCUUAAGUCUCAGAAUGGCACCAAUCACCUUACUUAGCUCUUAAUGUUUCUCAGGAUUUGAUGAGAUCAGAUAUCUCCAUCUGUCCCCAAAGUUUGCUGAAAGUAUACAUUAAUUAUCUUUAAUAUUUGGGAAGUCACUAAUUUGAACCACUGACCAUUUUACACCUCAGCAUGCACUGCCAACCAAAUUCUACUUGUCAUUAAGACCUUUGUUUUUGUAUUAGAAAGUUUCUUUUCCCACCUUUGUAAAUAGAGGAUCAAAUUGGAAGUAUCUACAGAAACCUCACUAGAUUAGAUAACCCUAAGGAUGUGUGAACACCUCAUAUAUUUCUUUCAUAAGUUUUGACAUCCCAAAUAGGUAGUAAUCCUCGAUCUUUUUUCCCCUGGAAAUUCUUUUAUUUUGUGGCUUGUCGGGUAAGCCAUGAUUAGUCAUUAAUGUAAUAUGUUUAUAUAAUGUCACUUAUCACCUAGGUAGAAGUUUGAAGUAAAAAGUUAAUUCCUCCAGUGCUUUGCCCUCAAAUCUUGUUUUGCAUCUCUCAUUGAUGAUGCAAUAGAACAUCUAGCAUGUAUAAAAGAACCAGACUAAUACCUCUUCUGUUUCAUGUGAGUUGGGAACUAAUGAUGAAACUUGUGAAUUGCCAAUCCCUUCUAAAAUUAUACUUGUAAGAGAUAUAGGAAAAUAAACUGUUCUACUCAAUUUUUAUUGUUG